AUGGACGCAUCGCGCGCCCAGACCGCACGCGCUCGCAGACCCCUCGCCGACCCUUCCUCAACAGCCUCGGCCAAUGCCGCCUCGCCCUACCUGGACCACCACGGCGGCGACCACCACCAUGACCACGACGACGACGACGACGACGACGCAAAGGGACUAGCAAAGCGCCACGACCUGGCGCCGCUGCCCGCCUCGGCGCACGCCUACCGCGGCGACCUGGCCAUCGCCCUCGCCCUCCUCGCCGGCGCCCUCGCCCUCCGCUUCUACCGCAUCGACCACCCGGCCCAGGUCGUAUUCGACGAGGUCCACUUUGGCAAGUUUGCCGCCCACUACCUCAAGCGCGAGUACUACUUCGACGUCCACCCGCCCCUCGCAAAGCUCCUCAACGCCGCAGCCGGCUACCUCGCCGGCUUCGACGGCUCCUUUGAGUUUGACAACAUCGGCGACGACUACAUCGCCAACCGCGUCCCCUACGUCAGGAUGCGCGCGCUGCCCGCCGUCAUCGGCAGCCUCCAGGUGCCCCUCGUCUACGCCAUCAUGCGCCAGAGCGGCUACGCCCCCGCCAUCGGCGCCUUUUCCGCCUCGCUCCUCCUCCUCGACAACGCCCACAUCGCCCAGGACCGCCUCAUCCUCCUCGACGCCCCCCUCAUCCUCUUUAUGAUGCUCAGCCUCUACUCGUACAUCCGCUUCCACAAGCUGCGCUACAACGACUUCACCCGCCGCUGGUGGGCCUGGCUCACCGCAACGGGCGUCUCGCUCGCCCUCACCAUGAGCUGCAAGAUGGUCGGCCUCUUCACCUUCAUCACCGUCGGCGGCGCCGUCGUCGUCGACCUCUGGCGCAUCAUGGACAUCCGCCGCGGCCACUCGAUGCGCCACGUCGCCCGCCACUUUUGCGCACGCGCCCUCUGCCUCAUCGUGCUGCCCUUCUGCGUCUACCUCUUCUGGUUCUGGGUCCACUUUGCCAUCCUCGUCCGCAGCGGGCCCGGCGACACCUUUAUGAGCUCCGAGUUCCAGCAGACGCUCGUCGGCAACCCCAUGCUCAGCGAGGCGCGCGAGGUCCACUACUACGACCGCGUCAACAUGAUGCACAAGGCCACCCGCGCCUACCUCCACUCGCACCCGGAGCGGUGGCCCCUCAAGUACGACGACGGCCGCAUCUCGAGCCAGGGACAGCAGGUGACGGCCUACCCGCACAACGACACCAACAACGUCUGGCAGAUCCUGCCCACCAGGCCCAUCGACGACGAGUCGGACCCGAGCCAGCGCGCCGUGCGCCACAGGGACGUCAUCCGCCUCUUUCACGUCAACACCGACAGCUUCCUCAUGACCCACGACGUCGCAUCGCCCCUGACGGCCACCAACGAGGAGUUCACCACCACCCCCGCCAACGACACCAGCCAGUACGACAACACCCUCUUCGAGUUCCACCUCGACUCGGCCGUCGACGCCGACAGGGACUCGCCCGCCGCCACCUGGAAGAGCAAGAGCGGCUGGUUCCGCCUGAUCCACGUCGCCACCCGCGUCUGCAUGUGGACCCACCCGGAGCCGCUGCCCGAGUGGGCCUUCAAGCAGCAGGAGGUCAACGGCAACAAAAACGCCAUGGACAAGACGGGCCUCUGGUUCGUCGACGACGUCUGGCCCGAGCCCACCGCGCCCGACUACGACGAGCGCUCCCGGCCCGCGCCGCCGCGCGACGUCAUCCGCAUGCCGUUUUGGAAAAAGUGGCUCGAGCUCCAGAUCCAGAUGCUCCAGCAGAAUGCCGGCCUCACCCAGUCGCACCCCUACGCCACCGGCCCCAUCAACUGGCCCUUCCUGCUGCAGGGCAUCUCGUUCUGGACCCAGAACGAGGGCCAGAAGCAGAUCUACAUGACGGGCAACCUCGUCUCCUGGUGGGGCACCAUCCUCUCGAUCAGCGUCUUUUGCGGCAUCGUCGGCGCCGACCUCCUCGCCCGCCGCCGCGGCCUCUACCCGAUCCCCUCGGCCAUGCGCGGACGCCUGCACAACUCGGUCGGCUUCUUUGUCGGAGCCUGGGCCGCCCACUACCUGCCCUUUUUCCUCAUGAACCGCCAGCUCUUUAUCCACCACUACCUGCCCGCCCACGUCUGCGCCUGCCUCGUCGCCGGCGGCGUCGCCAACUUUGUCCUCACCGAGACCAUCGAGUUCCCCGUCUCGGAGCCGGGCCCGGGACUCGGCCGCCAGCGCUGGAGGCCCCGCAUGCGCACCCACGUCGAGGCGCCCGCCAAGGCCGUCAUGGCCGUCAUCGUCGUCGCCAUGGUCGUGUGCUUUGUCCACCUCUCGCCGCUCACCUACGGCACGCCCGGCCUGACGAGCGACGAGAUCCACCGCCGCAGGCUCCUCGGCAGCUGGACGCUCCACUUUGCAAAGUAG